AAAAGCACCGGCUUAGAGAAUUAAAGGUUUACAUCUGAAUUCAGUCGAAUUCUAACUUAGGCUGACAUUACAAGCUGACAUGAGCCGGGAGCAUGCAUGGACCUUCACACCCAACAAGAAGAUAUGUAGGUCCUUUUUUUAUCUCUCCAUCAGUUAUGUAGAGCAGAAGAAUGCUGUUUGGGCUACCUUCUCACAUUACAUGCGGGGAAAGUUAAGGGAGGGGACAAAAGAGAAGGAAAGAGAAAGAACUGGGAGGUAGGAGGCAGGCACGCAGGACAUGUCAGCAUGCAGUGCAUGGAGAGGAGUGUGUGUUUCCUCAGCUGGGGUUUUAUCAUCGGAGGUGUUCUGUUUCUCCUCCAUCAGCUGAAGGUGCACACGCAGUACGGCCGCUAUGUGGACACCAGCGCUCCCGGUGUGAUGGUGCCGGCCAAGGCGGCGUGGUUCAUCCAGGAACUGCCUUCUGUCUUAGUUCCCGUGUUCCUGCUCCUCAGCACAGACACUUCACACAGCCUGGGGCGCAGUCUCCUCGUCUGCACCUUCUGCCUGCACUACUUCCAGAGGACGUUCGUCUACUCGUUGCUGAAUAGAGGACGGCCGUGUCCUCUGUUCAUCAUGGUGUCGGCUGUGGCGUUCUGCUCGUUGAACGGUUUCCUGCAAGGGCACUACAUGCUUCACUGCGCUCAGUUUGACGAUGCUUGGCACAUGGACGUUCGCUUCAUACUGGGUCUGUUGGUGUUCUUCUCAGGAAUGGCCAUCAACAUCCACAGCGAUCGCAUCCUGAGGAAUCUCAGAAAACCGGGCGAGAUCACCUACAAAAUCCCUGAGGGAGGAAUGUUCGAGUGGGUGUCUGGUGCUAACUUUUUCGGAGAGAUAGUAGAGUGGUGUGGUUAUGCCGCUGCCACAUGGUCUCUGCCCACGUUCUCCUUCGCUUUCUUCACCAUGUGCUCCAUCGGACCCCGAGCUUAUCACCACCACAGGUACUACCGCGAGAAAUUCGACAAUUACCCGAAGUCGAGGAAGGCCGUGAUCCCGUUUCUCCUCUAACAGCAGCAGCAGGAGACGACACCACCGUCUCCGUGAUGAGGAGCAGAAACAUGAAACAUCAGGACAGAAAGCAGAAGACGGUGCACAGAUCUGAAUUUUUUAUAUAUUUCUAUAGAUCAGAUUUUAAACAGCCAGUACUUGGUAUUAAUCUGAUUUUAAUUCUGUAGAAUUCCGUAAUAAUUAACGUCACUGAUUCCAUCCAUCCAUUUUCUCUAACGCUUAAACCUACUGGGCUGCGGGGAACCUCAGGGAGCAUCGGGGACGAGGCGGGGUACACCCUGGACAGAGUGCCAGUCCAUCACAGGGCACGAUCACAUACACACUCACACACACAUUCAUACACUACGGACACUUUAGACACGCCGAUCAGACUACCGUGCAUGUGUUUGGACUGGGGGAGAAAACCGGAGUACCCGGAGGACAUGCACACUCCACACACACAGGGCCACGGUGGGAAUCGAACCCCCGACCCUGGAGGUGAGGCGAACGCGCUAACAAAAGCCUCCGUGCGUUCUUUUUUUUCUUCUUUUUCCUAGCCCUAAUUUCUAUUAACUUCCUAUUUUUAUUGACUCUUUAUUUUCUUAUUUCAUAUCGUGUCGUUUCUUAACGAUUUAUUUGAUUAAAAAUCACUGCUCAUUUUAUCUUCUUUUUUUUUUUUUUGUGAAGUACUUUAAGCUGCAAACGACUUAUAAUAAAGACUUACCCCCCCCCAUUCUUCUCAAAAAUGCUGAGAUGGCA